CUCAAAGAUCAAAGCCAAUACUCCCUCUCAAAUUCAAGCGGUCUCACUCCUAUUUCUAAGCAAUCCAAGCCUCAACCUCUUGGGAGAGCCCACAUUCCACGGAACAACGACCAUCAAUAAUGUCGAAUAAGCAGCCAUUAGACUACGUGUCAAUUCGAAUCUGCAAUCAUAUGAGAUACGCAAUACAAUAGCUACCCAUCAGCAUUCGCAAAACGAGAGACACUACUCCUUGCGUCGUACUUGGCAGAAUCCGGAAACUUUCCGACGAUCGAAACUAGUGUAGAAUAUCUUGAUCAAGUUACAAGGAAUGUCAUUGCACCUUUCAUAUUGCAUAGUGGUCAUUUGAAACCCUGACGAAUACCAGAAGCAUGCAUGUUUCCUGUAACCGGGUCUCGCCAGAAUUGCAGGUGGGAGUCUCCGCUUGACAUGCUUUUUUAUCUAUCUAUUUAUUUAUUUUUUCAACACUCAUUCCAUGCACGUUUGCAUGAAUGUUAUGGCACGAGGUUGGUGCUAUAUCUAGUUGAAACUCCUAUCCUCAAAGAGAAGUUGUAUUCUUUUGUCCUCCGGUGAAUUAAAACUUUUUCUUACCUCCUUCUCUUCGCCAUUGGCCAACCUCUUGUUCUCACCCUAUGGGGGACUCAAUAUUUCCAAUGUACUUUGGACUACCUGAUCCUCACAUUUUCAAACUUCCUCCCAAUUCUCAUCCCCUACCUAGCCUCCCCGCAUCCCAGUCCCAGCUGUCGUGGGAUAGGCCGAUUAACAUAAGUCCGGCUCUGUUCUAUCACACACUCGAUGUUAAACUACCUCUGCUUAUCGCCUGCCUCUACGCAAUAUGCGUCUGUACCGUUAAUCACCUCAAUAGAAAGCGACAAAACCGCCCAUGGCCCCUGAGCUGUAAUCCGCUAUUUCACCAGUUUGUGCUCUUCCAUAAUGUGGGUCUGGUGCUCUUCUCUGCAUGGAUUGCCUUGGGCACUUAUCAAACGAUUAAAUCAACCUUAAUGUUACAACGAAGCAACCUACCUCUUGUAUCUGCCUUACACGCACUUUGCAAAUUCGACGGGAAGGAAGAAAAGGGGUCUCUUGUGCAGCACACGACAUCAAAUGAUCACAGCGUUGACAUUCUCCAUCCUGGAAUAUUGGAGUUUGAUUCCUUAUGGGAUCGUGGCAUUGAUUAUUACAUGUGGAUGUUCUAUAUGUCAAAAUUCUAUGAAGUUGUCGAUACAGUUCUCCUCCUUAUGAAAGGAAGGAAUAGUUCCUUUCUGCAGACUUAUCAUCAUGCAGGUGUUAUGUUAUGCACAUGGGCAGGUGUGAGAUAUGCAUCUCCACCAGGUCUUGUUGGCCUUCUUUUGAACUCGGUGAUUCACACACUCAUGUACUUUUAUUACACCCUUGCCACACUCAAGGUUGCAGUACCUGGUCUGCUCAAGCGUAUCCUUACUGGGAUGCAAAUCGCGCAGUUCAUCCUGGGAUCGAUUUUCGCGUGGUCCUACCUGUUUAUCUCGUUUGAUGCGACUGUCUGGCCCCCUCUGACUUCGACAAAUAAGGCACGCGAUGAAAUCUAUGGCAAUGAGAGCCGGACAAACAUACCCUUUCGGCAGGAUAAUUUCGGUCGGGUGCCCUGUUUGGACAACAGCGGGCAAGUGUUUGCAUUGCUCUUGACCACAAUCUACCUUGUACCGUUGACUUGCCUCUUUCUUCGGUUUUUCGUCAGAUCAUACCUAUCAGGACCAAAUCCAAAGUUGGUUAAAGAUUAGCCACAAUAGACUUUGAGUGCGAGUCACGAAGGUUCAAGCCUUUUCUGUAUGAGAUAAGGACUUCGCAGGCCCAUUUU